GAGAAGCUUCUUGGAAGCCAAAAAUCAGACAAAGUUGUUUCACAACCCAACUUCUACACACAUUUAGUGGAAGAAUUAGAAGCUAUAGGAUGGGAGAAAUUGGCUUAUGUGGAUUCAUCUUUUCAAGUUUUAAAACUUGCUUCAAGAGAUAACAAAGAAAGAGAGCAUGUGAUUACUGUUCAUCUUUCAUCACAGCAUCCUCAGGUAGCACCUACUUGUUCUGCAGAAUUACCCGGAAAAUCUUUUUCUUUUACAUGGUCUUCUCAGGGUCAACCUCUUCAGCAGUUAUAUCAUCAAUUCCAACAGGCUCUCUCUCACUUUGAGGAUUUCUGGGACAUGCUGGAUGAAAUAGACAGUAACACAUGGGUGCUGGAGCCUGAUCAUCCAUCAAGAUCCUGUACAAGCAGAAGAAUCACUCUUGGCAACAAUGCUUCCAUUCAGAUAGAUCUGAACCCAGCCAACCCCAGGCUUUUGCCUGAGUGUAGAUUUAUGGGUGCUGACAAUGUGAUUGUUCCUUUACGAGAGCAUUUGAAUACAAAUGUCCACGCCUGGAACCCACAGUUGACAGUUUUGACAAAUCUGGAAAAUUUAUUGGGACAGAAAUUUCCCUCACCUUCCACAACAAAGAAAGAGGAUUUCAGCAUGGAGUGUGGAAUUUGCUAUGCCUAUCGCCUCAAUGAUCUGAUACCUGACAAAGCUUGUGAUGAUUCAAGAUGUGGACAACCCUUUCACAGCUUUUGUCUUUACGAAUGGUUGAGAGCCUUGCCGUCAAGCAGACAGAGUUUUAACAUGGUGUUUGGGGAAUGUCCUUAUUGCAGCAAGCCAAUUACUGUCAAAAUGGUGUCAGGGAAAUGAUUUUUCCUCUUGGCUACUGGAAAGGAUGAGUAAAUUCUGAAGAAAUCUUGUAGAACAUUGCAUUACGAUAAGUAUUCUUACAUGUAUGUCCUAUGGCAUGGCCACAGAAUAUUUUUCUUAUCAAGAGAGGGCAGCAACAAUAUUAUUGUGGUUGUUUGACUUAACACCACUCGUCAUGAAGACAAAUUGCAGGAACAAGAAGAGAGAAAAAUGAAAUAUCGAAGGAAACAGAAACAUUAUUUAUUUUUCAUCAGUCACAGGUGUUUAUUUGUCUCCCAAAAUGAAUAAUUCUCCAGAAAAUAUCUUUCUACAUACUUUGGGAUUAUCAAUAAAUAUUUUAAAUUAGUGCAGAAUAUAGUUAUAUUACAAGUUUUCAAAAGAUCUCAUUAUGCUGUGAAGGUAAUCAUUUCACAAUAAAGGUUUUAAUAGCAAAAAUAAUGGAAUAAUGUAGCCUGUUUAUGUUUUUAGAAAUUAGACUGGGAGACAUUAUUUGAUAUUUAAAUAAGUUCUAAUUGACAGAGUAGCAGGGCUGGACAGGAAAAUAUUUGGGUUUUGCCAGUGAUGUAUGAUGUAUAGACAGAGCUCAGAUAGGUUGGUGCAUCAUUGCUGAAAGCCAAAUGUUUUCCAAUUGGUCCAACCUUACUAAAGUCAAAAACUCUCUACACUCUUACAAUAGCAUGCAUAUUCUCCAUACUGUUUUCGAUACAUUUCCCAGGUGCUGAAAGGGAGAAUUUGUUUAACAAUCUAGAGCUUCUUUAGUUGGUGAUUAUAGACCACUUUCAUAAAUGGCUGCCAG